AUGCGGUUCAUAAGAUGGGACCGUGCCUUGAAGAUUUGCAUGGACAAGGCAAGCAAGAACCGGUGGGACAGUGACCCAAUGAUCCUGAAUCAAGAAGCACAUGAGUUGCCUGUUGAGAAGCAGCGCUUGGCUCUAGAUUUUGCUGAAGAUGCACCGGCAGAGAUUCGGCUGAAGUUGGCACCCAUGUGGAAAUACUGCUUCGUCCAGUGGCACAUCUAUGACGCGGGCCUGGAAGCUGAGGAGAAGGGUGUGCCGCUCAUGAUGCAGUUGAAAGAUGCAGAUUUACUGGCAGACAUCGAGUCGUUGAGACUGUUGAGCGACAGUGGUGACCUUGAUCAAGCAGCUACGGCCGAAGAAUGGUCUUGGAAGAUGCUGUACCCUUUACCAGAAGCAGGAUCACUUCACCCUUGGACUGAUGAAAUUGCUAAUGACUUGAUCCGACAAGGGAAGGAGGAACGGCAUGAAGGUGUUAUUGCCUUCAAUGAGGAUUCCUUUGACAAGGCUCUUUGGCAUUGUUGCCAAGGAUUAAAACUCCUAUCAGCCGCACCUGGAGGUGGUCCCAUUUCCAAGCUUCGAUCUGAAUUGCUCAAGAACAAGUCGGCUGCUGCGCUCAGACUCGGACUUCCCCGUGUCGCAUUGAGUGCUUCGAAUUCAGCAUUGGGUAUCAAUCAGAACGACGAGAAAGCUUGGUAUCGGAAGUCCUGUGCACUUGAUGCCAUGAAGCGUGAAGCUGAAGCCAGACAAGCACUGGCCAAGGCCGGCCUGACACCUCCGCCAGUUCUUACUAGGACCAAAGCCAACAAAGCCAAAGCAAAGACUGAACCGAAAGACUUGGACCCUUUACUGCUUUCUGCCUUUGAGGAUGUAGUCUUUGCCGAAGUUGGUGUCGAUUCAAUCACUGCCGUGGACUUGGUGAGGCAUUUGCAAGGGGAGCUUCCAAAUACACCAGUGUCGCUGUCCCUGAUUUAUGAGUGUCCGACUGUGGGAGAGGCUAUUUCUGAGCUGCUUGACAGAAUCAGUGCAAAGAAAGGAGACUACUUGAAACGCAGGAUGGCAGGUGCGAUUUGGAGAACAAUGUGUGAAAUUUUGGGCAAAGAUCCUCUCAAGAAAGCAAAGGCGGUUCGUCGACAGAGGCAGCUUACAGAAAUUCAAGCUCUUGAUGCAUUGUCAGAUUUGCAGGAAGCUUAUGAAAGCCAAGAUUUUCUCAGAGCAUCACGUGAAGCUGCUAGACGAACUGCUUUCGAACAGCGCUCAUUCUUAGUUAAAUUGAAGCCAGUUGCGCUUGAUGUUCAACGGCCCAUUCUAAGACGGCUUGGCUUCUCACCAGACCAUGCAGGCAUGAAAGAGCUGGAAAUAGCCAUCAUCCAGGUUGCCAGGAAGUCAGCAAAAGUGAAGGACAGGCUGAAAGCUACGCGCAUUGCUUUGCAAGGUGGGGAGAAUGGUAUGUGGACCAUCAAUGUUGAACAGCAUCCUCAAUGGUCAGAUAGUAAUUCCAUGCAACUACGAGCUGAUCUGACAAAGUCUGAUCCCUUUGGGCCCGCACAUGUCAACACAAAUGCUGUAGUGGCACAUUGA